AUGCCGACUUAUAUGGAUGAUGCACCAACCGUUGCAAGGACUGCUUUCGACUCUGUCACAUCCCCGGACGGUAUGUCUUCAACAGACAUACAUGUAAACGCCUACUUUGAAUAUUUCCACCCAGCGCUGCCUCUUGUACAUCGUUCGACAUUUUUGACAUCCUCACCACCAAAGCUUUUAGUGGACAUUAUCGUCGCUAUCGGCCUGUUGUACUCGGCUGAGACACCCGGCCUCGGACAUGCCAAAGCCGCUUGUGUAAAGAAGAGUCAGAGUCUCUGGCGUCAGGGCGUUGAUGAACUCAAUCGUCGCGCAUCUUAUGACUGGCGAGAGCUACGAAAGACAUGGAUGAUGCAGUCAUGGCUUUUGCACAUUGUCUAUGGUGCAUUUAUGGACAAUGCCUCGCAUGCAGAGAGAGUUCGGAAGAUGCUGAGAUCGCUGGUUGAUGCUGUAAGAGAUCUUGGCCUUCUCAAGCAAGUCGUCGCUACUUCGGCAAACUCCCCUGUGUGGCCGCAGAUGGAGGCAGAAAGUUCGGAAGCAGCUCAGGCUGUGGAGGCGUACGAGCAGUGGCAAAUCUACAUCAGUGAAGAGUCAUUGAAACUCUCCAUAUACACGCUGCUCCUUCUAGACCAUCACGUUUUCUCGUGCGCCAAUAUCCGACCCCUGAUCUCAACGGUCGAAUGUCUCUGGGAACUGCCUCUAGCCGAGUCGUUAUGGGAAGCGGAGACGGCCGAGGCUUGGUAUGAGCGUCGCUGCCAACAUGACUAUAAUAUGAUCUCUGGCUCGCCUCGGGCCACAACUAGCUCCUUCAAGGGCUUCCUAUCCACAGCUACGCAGUCACUCCUAUCAGAGACACAGGACGCCAGCUUGCUCGCAAUGUUGGCCCGCUCAUCAUUUGCUAUGAUGUGUGUCUUGAGCAAUCUUGACGCGCUGGUCAAGGACUUUACGCGAUGUUACUACCAGCUUCCGCCUAGCCCUGCUGACCCGUCUGCAUUUCACAUCCUAACACAAAGCCAAACGCGGCAGAUUUGUUCUGCUCUCAGCGUGCUCUCUGCCGUAGUAAAGGAGAAGGUGGGUUCAGCGACGCUUGAGGCUGAUCAGUCAGUCUGGCAUGCCUGUCAGAUUUUGACUUGGUCGCUCAAGCUGAGUCUCUGUCGACCAGACGACCUUCUAGUCGGCGGCAUCGUGGAGAACCGAGUGUUUGCUAGUCUGGUUACCGCCACGCAUCUCACCGUGGACAGCUACGUCACGUUUAAACGCACCACGCAUGCAGCCAAGCAGCGGAACGAUGAAGGCGAUGGCAUGAUCGCUGUCAUUGACGAUCUGACUGAGGCAUUAUCUGCCAUUGCUGCGCUUGAUGCAAGACUGGCAUUACGCGAAUCACCUUGGAUUACGGCAGCCAGCUAUCGACUGCUCCUGACUGUCUGGCGUACGCUGCAUGUGGCAACUGCUGACAUUUAUGAAAAGCUGAACAAAUGCAAUGGCACGCUGACGAGCCGCUCCUUUGGUUCGAGCAUCCUUAUUUUGAAUUCUAUCCUGGAAACAGUGACAGAGAGUAGCAAACAGCGAUCCCUUCAUCACAGCCCAGGGUCUGCCUCCCGUCGCUUGUGGUCAUUUGAUGCGGAUAUGCUCAACCUGACAUUGGCUCAGGGCGAGACUGAUCUAGUGAAUCUCAUUGUGCAGAUUUGCAAGAGUCGAUCUGUAUGGGUGAUUGGGCCAUCACUAGUUAAUGCAGUUCAAGAUGCCAUGGCGAACGCGGCAAGAUAG